UUUCGGUCAUACAUUUCUUGUAGGGUUAUAACAAUCAAAUUAAACAAAAAGGAAAACAUUUUAAAAGAAAAAUCAACAUAGUGCCAAAUAAAACCAAACACAAAAAAAAUUUAAACCCACUCCACUACAAGACACACAACCAUCACAAAGAAAACCAAACAAGAAAACAAGGACACACAAUUGAGAAACCACUAUACAAACACUAUCAACAUCAAACGCCGGCGAAACCACGACAUAUUCGGCCACAUGGACACCAAUUAUGGAUACAGCCUGCUACCUCAACAAUUGGAAUUAAAGUUGAAAUCCAGUUAAAUUUCAAAAAUCAUAAUUUUUGAGUGCUUAUUGGUUGAAUCUGUUGGAUCUAUAGCUACGAAAUUUUCAGAGAUGAUGCUAAUAGACCUAAAUUAUCGAUUUCUAUAAGAAAAACUAAAAUCGAAAAUCAUGUCGCUGCCAUAAUAAAACAAUUUUUGUUGGAACUAAAAUAUGUCUACCAAAUUUCCAUCUAUCCCUGUAUAAUGUCUCACACAACUUUUGUGCUUGCUCUGUUUUGUUGUUAUAAACAAUAUAUUUGCUUCCAAAAUAUCUUGGAUGCCGUUAUUAUUUAAAAUCGUUGAAAAUUUAAAAACUAAACGUUGUUGAAAAUUUAGCCGGCUUACAGUCGAUUUUAAACCGCCGUUAAUAUUUGUCGACGCAGGGCUCUGAAAAGACAUCAGCAAAAAAUGUAAACUUUUUAAGAGUUUUUCUUUCAUUGUAUUUGUAUAGAAAACACAAAAAUUUAUAACAAAUUAAAAGAGAUGUCAACCGGCGCUCCGAAUAAUAAUAAUACUGCAUCCUCCAAUAAUAGUGGUAAUAAAACAACAAAUUCAACGUCCUCAUCGAAAGUUCCUGCUGGUAACGAAAAGUCUAAUAAUGCAACAACAACAACACAGAAUGCCAAUACCUCAACAGCUGCCAUUCUCAAAUCGUAUCGAGAAAUUGUUAAAGAUCCCAAAAGUCUUGACGAGGCUGCCAACUAUUUAUAUCAGACGCUGUUAGACGAUGCCAUUGUAGGUGUCUUUAUUGAAAUACAUCAUUUACGCAAGACUGGGAAUUUGACAGCACUCGAUGGAGUGCCGGACGAAGAAGCCGAGACCUCAUCAUUUCGCAUUGUUGAUAUGCCAAAUUUUGAUAUAUUUGGCAUUUCCACCGCCAAGAAACCCAUGGACUGCACCUGCCCCAACUGUGAUAGGCCUGUGUCGGCGGCUCGCUUUGCUCCCCACCUGGAAAAGUGUAUGGGCAUGGGUCGUAUAUCGUCACGCAUAGCUAGCCGUCGUCUGGCCACCAAGGAGAGCAACAGUGCUAGCUCGUCUUCCUCCUCGUCGUACCUGCAAACAAAUGCCGGCAGUGAUGACGAGGACGAUGUUGACUGGUCGUCGGAGAAACGACGCAAGAAGUCAAGUCAAAAUUCCCGCAACAAUGGUUCCAAGAAAAAUAAUGGCAAAACAUUCUAAAACGUUUCAUUCAAUACUAAAAAAAAAUACAAACGUAUGCCAAAUGCGUUUUUAGUGUAUGAGCUUGCUGCUGCUCUCCUACCACCAAUGAACAUGUACCAUGUACUAGGACAAGAAAACAAAAAUUAUUAAUUAUUACGCUAUAGUGAAACAAAAACAUGUAAUUUCUUCUUUUUUUUUUUAACAACUACUAUUUAGUUUAAUUUAUAUUAAAUGUAUAUUAUAUUUUAGUUUGUAAAUGAUAUUUAUAUUUACAGUUGUACAAUAUCAAUAAUUUAAUCUUUAGAUUUCUUUUCUUUUUUAUAUAUAUAUAAAUGUGUAAAUUGUAAGGAAUAUUAAUUAACUUGGUAUUUAUUUAGAUUUGUAAACAACAAGA